AUGGGGGGGGGGACGGGGGCGCGGCUUUGUGGCGGCCGCGGACCGCGGAGGCCGGGAGCAGCCCGUCCGCUCCGCGCUCUCUGCAGAGCAGGGUUUCCUAGCCCCCCUCCCCCGCCCCCCAUCACUUGGCUUUCGUCUGGGCGGGGAGGGAUUUUUUUCUGGAAGUCUGCCCCCCACCCCACGGAGCAGGAUUUGAGCCUGGGCUCCAAUCUGGGCGGAGGCUGCAGGGCCCGCGGGGCACCCCCACCCCCCACCGCUCCGCGCACGCCUCCCCAGAGCCCCGAAAGGCGCAGCCCCAGGGGGCCUCCUGCACCCCCGGAGGAGGCGGCGGCGGAGGCAGUGCGGCUGUCCCCGCAGGCUGAGCGCACUGGUAACAUGCUACGGCCCAGUGCCCUUCAAAAAGCUGGUAUCCCCACACCCAUAAACAGUAUGUGUGAGGAUGGCAAGGACCCCGUGUGCCAGGGGAAGCAAAUCCAAAUCGGAUAAACCUGCCAGUAAUUUCAGCGAAUGAAACGCGGAUCCUGGAAAGGCCAGAAGAUGGAAAACGCUCCAGUUUUGAUAAAAGGAGGUCUGCUCUGCCUCCAGUCCUCCCUCCUGCUGGUCAGGACGCGCACAGAGGAGCUGAUGAAUUGAGGGAGAAGAAACGAGGCCGAUGUGAGCCGCCUUUCAAGGGCUGUGUUGAUAUACAAGCCCAACAACCUGACACUGGUCCAAGAGGGGAUUAAAGCAACAUGCUAUUGUGAGUGAUUGCUUAAUUUAUUGAGCUGUGGCAAGAUCUGUAAUGAAACACAGCCCUUGCAACUGAUAACCUCCGGCUGCAAUUGAACUUGACAAUUAAGGAAUAUUUUCCAAGGAUUUUUCUGGAACAGCUUAGAGUUUUUUGUCUCUGUGGUGGGGUGCUUCUGAGCACUCAUUUUGCCAGGCAAGCUUUUUUCUUUUCUUUUUUAGGAAUGAAAGGCUGAUGUUAAUAGGAAAUAAGCGUCACUUUAUUGACUGCCUUGUGCACACCAGGCACUUAUUAUACUUUAUCUCUAAUCCUGACAACGGCCCAACGAAGGAACUCUUAUUCGUCCCUAUUUUACAGAUAUGAGGUUUCUAGGUGUUCAGUAACUUCCCCAAGUGACAUUGUCCAAGUCUGGAGCUACUAGCCAUUGGUGGCUAUUUAUGCCUAAAUUAAUUAAAAUUUUAAAAAUCAAAGAAAUUCACUUCCUAGGUUGCACUAGUAGCUAGCGCAGGUGCCCACUCCCCAGGUGUGGCUGGUGGGUACCACACUGGACAGCUCAGAUACGGACCAUUUCGAUGACUAUGGAAAGUUCUCGUGAUCAGUGCUGUCCCAGAAUGUUCACAGGUAGAAGUCCAACCCCUUGCUUCAAAAUUCUACUGUUACCCCUUGCUUCUUGCUUCUCUUCCUGGGGCUGAAAAGUAAGGACUAGAGCUGUAAGGCUAAACCCUGGCUUCACAUUCACGUUACCUGGGCUGCUUUAAAAAAUAUUGAUGAUAUGGCCCCAGCCCUGGAGAUUCUGACUUUACUGUGAUCGGGGGGUGGGGAGGCGGGGAGACAGGCAUGAGGGGCUCUAUAAUUCCCCAUGUGUAUAGCCAGGAUUGAGAGCAGCUAGAAGAGCGGGUCCACACACAGUAAGGUGGGAAGAGCUGGCUCAUCUCCCAGCAGAAUGGGGUCGCUGUGGGCCCAGACGUGGGCUUCCCCAGGCCUGCAUCUGAUAUGAGGUUUCUAGGUGUUCAGUAACUUUCAUCAGACGGCUCGGGGUCCUUCCUGCAGGCAGGGAAGACCUGAGUGCUUUCUCACACGCGUCCUGCUCAGUGGAAACACAGUGAGGAGCUCUGCUUUCAGGAACAGGCCCCGUCACGCCGCCACGGAAGAAAGGAGAUGGGAUGCAAGACCACAGGGACAAAGUGGGGUCUGCAGCCCCACCUUUGGAGUGGAAGCCUCGGGACGAGCCCAUGCUGUAAUCUGCCUGACAGAACAAAAGUGUUUCCCAGCUCUGUCAACAAGGACAUUGCAAAGGAAGAAAAAGGGAGGGAGAGAGAACCUGCGGAUUGAGAGAGACGUAAGAGACACAUCAACCAAUCCCAAUGGAGGGAAAGGGUUAGAAAUACUGACCAAUCCCGUCGCAGUGAGCACCACCAGCACUCGGAUUAGGGUCUCUACGCACCACCUCUGACAAGAAACCGGGGUUCUGUGCAGAGACAGCCGAUCCCCGGUCUGAGACAGGACACGUGCAAGAGGAGCCUGGAACGUCCUGUCACCCGGGAGCGUGGAAGCUCUGGGAGACUCUGGAUCAUGCCCGAAAAGAUGAAGGGGACAAUGUGAUAGGACAGCUGGCCAGAUGGGACAGUGGAGCAUCAAUAAGAACAGUAACUGCACUGGACUGGAAUGUGUUAGAUAUGUCCAAUCUAAGAGUUCACAACGAUACCUAGAAAAAAAAGCAUAAACUCAUUUGUCAUCUUUGGGCGAUGUUGAGAAACCAACUCAUCAUGUUGAAAAUUGUUAAAUAAAAGGAAAGAGUCAAGUAUUUUUCCUUUCUGGUAUGAACCGUACCUUACAGUAACCAAAUAGCUGAUAAAGGAAGUGUCUUUUUAUGGAGGUAUUCCAGCUAACACACAAAUACAGAAGGGUAGGAUUUAUUUGCCACUAUUUUGCAGCCUCUAAUGGGUCCAGACAGUGAUCAUCGAUGCUGCUAACAUCACCAGACAUUCUGUGCCUUCAAAUGGAAAUCCAACAUAGCCACUAGGAAAUCAUCAUAAACACACACAUACACACACAAGCAUUAAUCUAAGUAGCUUCUAGAUCUAAUUACUGAUUUACAAGAAAUAUACCGGGGAGAGGAACAUGUAUAAUAUCAAUAUGGUGAUGCAAUAGGCAAAGUCCAGACUGUAGGACACUCUACAAACAAAUCAACCCAGCUUCUCAACAAAGACAUUGCAAGGGAAGAAAAAGGGAGGGAGAGAGAACCUGCAGAUUGAGAGAGACGCAAGAGACACAUCAACCAAUCCCAGUGGAUGGAACUUGUAUGGGUCCCAAUUUUAUCCAACUGUAAAGAAAACAUUUAUGAAACAACCAAAGAAUUUUGAACACUGAGUAGAUAUUUGCUGAUAUUAAAGUAUUACUGUUAGUUUUAGUAGGGGCUAUGAUGGGAUAAACCCCACUCCUCUUUUGGAGCCAUAUAUGAAAAUAUUCGCAAAAGAAAUGAUUUCUGUCUGGAUUUUGCUUCUAAAUAUCUGAGAUGAAAGAGGAGGAGAAUGGGUAUAGAUAAAACAAGACUGGCUGAGAGUUGGUGGUUGUUGAAGCUGGGAGAUGGGUAGUUGGGGUUCAUUGUACCACAUUGCUCUUGUGUAUGCUUAAAGUUUUUCAUAAUAAAAGUAAAUUUAAAAGUGAA